AUGGGCGUUAGAACAUUACUCAAGCGUCUACGCGCCUCAGAUGACACAAAGACAUCAGCAACAGCAACAGCAACAGCCGACACUCACAAAGAGGGAGCCAUAUCAACCCGAGCUAGUGCCUCUACCUUACAUCCGGAGGUUUCUGCUCCUAUCUCUGCUAUCAGCGAGAAUAGUAGGAAUGAUAACACACCCCGGGACUUAUGGGAUGAGGCCUACGCUACUCUCAGCAGAGAGGACCCAAAAUUGAAGCAAAUGUAUGAAAAUGUUAUACUGACCGAGGGAGAUCUGAAAGGGAACGGUACAUUGUGCCAGAACAAUCUAGCAAUCACUGGAUCAUAUCAACGCGAAGAACAGUUACGCCAAAUAGUCAAGAAAAAAGUCGAAGAAAUUGAUUUGGCACAAUGGCGAGUCCAGGUUGGUGGUCACACCGUGGAUGUCAGUGGGCAGUUCGACAAAGCUGUCAAGAUUGUCUUGGCAGUUAAAGACUAUGUUUCAUCAGCUGUCAACUCCGAGCCUCAUGCCGCUCUGGCGUGGGCCGGAGUAUGCAUUUUCUUACCGCUUCUUUUGAAUCCAUCGGAGCAGAAGAUUGCUGCCCGUGAUGGUCUUGAAGCUCUUCCAUUUGCAGUGCGCAGAUUGAGAGUCAUGGAGAGACUUAUCAGGCCAGGAAACUCUGGGUUGACAGAGGAUAGCUAUCAGCCCGAUAGUCUGAAACUCGUUGAGGAUUUUGAGAAUACAGCCGUGGAGCUCUACAAGACGAUCCUGGAAUUUCAACUUCGACUUGUGAGGCAGCACUCAGACAAUUGGGCAAAGCGCUACGGGCGGAAGGUUUUUAAGGCCGAUGACUGGACAAGUUUAACCAGUCAUAUUAAGACUCUCGAGACGAAAUGUACUGAGAUUGCUCAGGAUUUGAGUCGAGAACGAAUUGAGAGGGCUUUGCAGGACAGUGAUAAUAGUAUGCAGCAGGGCCUGCAGAGGAUCCAAGAAGAGCUGGAGAAAACAACUCGUGGCAUUGAGAAGCAAAUUGUGAUGCAAUCAGCUUGGCGACAGAGUGAUGAGGAGCGCAAGUGUCUACAACUGUUUCGAGAAUCGAAUCCAUAUGAAGACCAAAAGAACAGAACGCCCAAACGAGUCUUGGGGACAGGGAAUUGGUUCUUUGAGAACAGGAAAUUUCUCGACUGGAGGGAAAACGAAGGUCCUGAUCUUCUGUGGUUAUCCGCUAAGCCUGGUUCAGGCAAAUCUGUUUUGGCAAGAACCCUCAUUGAUGAGGGCCUGGUUAAAUUGAGCCAUCAGAAGCAAUCCGCGGUCUCUUACUUCUUCUUCAAAGAUAUCUCUCCAUAUCAGAGAAGUGCACUCAGUGCUAUCUCUGCAAUCCUGCAUCAAUUGUUCUCUGCAAUUCCAUCUCUAGUGCGACAUGCUCUUAUUCCCUAUGGUUUGAAUGGAAAGGAGCUACUCCAGUUGUUUGACGAGAUGUUUGGAAUCCUCUGUCGGGCAGCUGCUGAUCCCGCCGUUGGACAAGUUGUGUGUGUUCUGGAUGCUCUCGACGAAUGUAAUGACUCAGACCGAUCCAUCUUAGUUGAAGCAAUUACAAACUUCUAUCGUGGAGCCAAGAAUGCGUCAAAUACCGAGAAUCAACCCAAGCUAAAGCUUCUCUUGACCAGCCGCCCUUACUCUGACAUUCAUUCUCAAUUUCACGAUCUUAUGAAGGAGACACCUACAAUCCACUUGUCGGGAGAUCAUGAAUCUGAAAAAAUUAAAGAGGAAAUCGAUCACGUUGUUGAUGUCGACAUCCCAAAGCUUGCUGCGGAGAGGGGCUAUGAUGAAGAGGCAACAAAUUGGCUGGUUGAGAAGCUGCAUUCAGUCGAGAACAGGACAUAUCUGUGGCUAAGCCUGAUCAGAGAAGAAAUUCGCCUCAGCGAACGCCCUUCUAAUAGGCGAGAAUUGCAUAAAAUUAUCUCAAACUUGCCCCCAAGUGUGAUGGAUGCUUUCGAUUCGAUCCUAAAGAGAUGUCGCCAUCCUGAACUUGCAAGACAGCUCUUGCAUAUCAUCCUGGCAGCCCACGAGCCCUUGUCAGUUGAUGACAUGAAAAUAGCUACAGUGCUUGCCUCUGAUCUUGAAUAUCGCUCAUACAAAGAAGUUGGGGUCGAAAGGUCGGAUGCCUUUGAGAUGAGAAUUAAGAAUGUUUGUGGCCUUAUGGUGACCAUUGAAGAUGACUUGGUGUUUCUUAUCCACCAAACAGCGAAGGAGUUUUUGGUUAAAGACAAAAAUCAGAACGAAAGCUGUGGGAUUUGGAGAUUCAGUUUCAGUCCCUUGGACUCUGAAAUCCUCAUGGCAAAGAUCUGCGUCUCGUUGCUUUCUUUCACUUGCUUUUCCGAAUGCUCACUUACGAUCGACGCCGAGAACGCCGCAGACGCUGAUGAAGGUGAUGACAAAAUUUCUCAAUAUUCUCAGGACCAUGCCUUCCUGAAGUAUGCGGCGAUGAAUUGGGUGCAGCAUGCCCAAGAUGCCAUACUGGACGAGAAUUCAGAGUGGAUGCCAUCAAUAUUAUCGCUUUGCACUGUGGAUAGUUGGAUGUUUAGAACAUGGUACACGUUUUACCAACGAUCACAGUUGUCUAAUUUUCCUUGGAAGACAACAAGCUUGAACCUUGCUGCUGAAUUUGGGUUUGAAAAUGUUAUCGAUUCUCUUCUGAAGAGUGGCGAGGACCCCAAUGAGAUAGACGGCCACGGGGCAACGCCACUUGCACGUUCUGUAAGAAGAUCUAAAAGGGCCGUUGAGCUUCUUCUGGACGCCAAAGCAGAUAUUAACUCUCAUACCUGGGAGGAGCCCUGGCAUUAUGAGCUUGAAGAUACAGGCACCGAAAUUUCAGUCAAGCCUUUUACGGGGACCCCUCUCACCAUGGCUGCACUUGAGGGGAAUACUGAAAUGAUCGAAUAUCUCAUUAACCGUGGAGCCAGGAUAGACUUUCCCCCGUCGAGUCCGUUAACGCCACUAUCAGCAGCAUUCAUCAGGUGCCUUAAUGAUGAAGAUUCAAACAGAACAGAGAUUCUCCGCCUGCUGGUUCGGCUUGGAGCGAAUGUUUGUUUCGAGAAUACGGGCGAAGAUCUACUGGCGGAUACAACAGUCCUUCAUUCCGCAGCCAUGAUGGAAGACUCGUCUAUUUUAAAGAUACUUCUCGAUUCGGAAACUGCCGACUUAAACUUUCAGCUUCGAGAAGCAUCAGGCAAUACUGGAGCGGGACCUAUAGAUGAGUAUACAGAUGAGAAAAGACUCAGGAUUAAUGAGCCAGAAAUCCUGAUCAAUACGACAAGAAAUUGUUCACCUGAUGUGUCCUGCACCGACAGUGCAAUACGCGUUAGUGGUUGUGAAGAUGAAAAUUCAGAUGGAGGUGGCAAAGAAGAUGACAUUGCCUCUAUCUCGCAGAACUCCGAAAAGAGUUUCAAUUCCAGCCCCGAUCAUGAUGACUAUCAAUCAGAUCUGUUCAGCUCGAUAGAAAACACCCGUUACAUGAUAGGAGCCACUCCUUUGCAACUUGCAGCCGCGCAUGGACUCGUUGAAAAUGUGAAACUUCUUCUUCAGAAUGGAGCGAAUCCGCAUUUAAAAAAUGCCAAUGGAUACACAGCCAUGGAUUUUGCUCUUGAAUUAAGCCUGCACUCCAUUGAGAAUUGUGAUGAUCCUGAGACCUUGGCUUCUAUCAAAAGGGAAAUGAUAAGUUUGCUUGAGCAAUAUUGGCAUAGAUCAACAGAUGGUAAAAAGUCAUCUUUUCCAGUUCUUAUCGUCAAAGACUAA